GCUUUUCCUUUUCAAAAAGGACACAUCCUUCUCUUCCUUCGGUGUCCAGCUAGCCCAGCAGACAUCGGCCGUUCUCAUUUCUCACCCACAAAACCAAAAAGGUGUAAAACGAAAAAAAAAAGAAGACACGCAACAAAUUUUUAGAGAGAGAAAGUAGAGAGAGAGAGAUACAAAGCACGCAGAUCUCUCUCUGCUUGUCUGAAGCGAAAGUAGUGUUGUUUGGAUUGGAGGAAUGGCUGGGUACAGAGCUGAGGACGACUAUGAUUACCUCUUCAAGGUGGUGCUGAUCGGGGACUCCGGCGUGGGCAAGUCCAACUUGCUCUCCAGGUUCACUCGAAACGAGUUCAGCCUGGAAUCCAAGUCCACCAUCGGCGUUGAGUUCGCUACCCGGAGCUUGAAUGUGGACGGCAAGGUUAUCAAGGCCCAGAUUUGGGACACCGCUGGCCAAGAAAGGUGUGAUAAUGGUUUUUAUGAUCUGGGUCUUUCUUAUUUUUUUGGAGCUUUUGUUUGUCUGUUUGUUUGCUUGCUGAGAAAACUGAGGCGAAAGAAAGGAAAAUCUCAUGCCAAAACUGAAAAUAACUAUAUCAAGGUUGGUUGAGUAAAGUAACGGAUUUAGUUUCAUUCAUUAUAGCUGAGAUAUGGUGGGUUAAUUGGGAUACAGAGACGGUUUUGCUUUUAUUAGAUCUCAGGGGAUUCAAAUAAUUGAGUAAAUUAAACUUAAGUAGUUCUUUGGUGGGGGAUUUAAUGUUGAAAAUUUGACAAGCAGAUUGAUUUUGUUUUCCUAAUAGUCACGCAGCAUGGCGGAUCAAACUUAGAUUUAUCGUUUGCAAUAGUGGAUCCUGAUAUUCUGCACCUAUUUUGUAUCAGAAACCUGAGAAUGAAUUCGAAAUGAAGUGAAAUGUUCGAGCUUGUAAUGGGUUGGUUUGACUUUGCUUCCUAUUGAAGUGGAUUUUCUCUUUUAUGCAGAAAAAAAUAGGCUACUCUUUUCGAAAUGAUUGCACUCUUCAGACUGUGGUUUUCAAUAUUGUAAUAAAUGAUAUGUAGUCUGUUAGAACAGUUUUCAACACGGUGGAUGCGCUUUCUUCGGGGUCUUCAAUACAUCGUCGUGCACUCCAAAUCACUACAAAAAAGGCAAUAUUGUCAAGGGGGUCCCCGGGGAACCGGGGACACUCCGAUGCCAAAGUCAGAAAAUUCUUAAGAGAAAUAUGGUGCUUCAGCGCACAAUAAUUCAAUACGCUCAAUCAUAUGUGUGAUUAUAUUUCAGGAUUCAAGAUGUUUUAGUACCUUGUGUAGGGGCCUAUUUAUAGGCUUGGGCUGUAGAAGUAGACUUGGACUGGAUCUUCUUAUUUGAAUUAGUUUGAGAGUCCAGAGUUGAGAUAGAACUCAACAGCUAUCAUGUAAAGAUAAACCUUCAACAGAUGUAGAGAUAAUCUUGAGUAGUCAUCUUGUAGAGAUAAGUAGGACGUCUUUAUUCAAAUAUUAUCCUAAUUGGAAUAUAAGACUAUUAAGUAAUUAAAUAGUCUUUGCUAUUUAAUUAAUAUCUUCAUGGGCCUAUCUUUGGCCAUUGGGCCCAGAAUUUGGUGGGCUUGUAGUGUGAAUUUAUUCCCAACAUAGUCUAUAAUCUAUUGAGAUAG